AUGUCUGGUGCCUGGCAGUUGCCGUAUCCGUAUAUACAUACGGCGCGGUAUGUACAACGUUUGCAACCACCGAUGUUGGGCGAAGCAGCGACUCACCUCCAAUUCAACCAUUCGGCUUUGUUCGGCCCCGUCAGUCAGUCGUUCAAUGGCUGGCCCGAUGCUGGCUGGCCCGAUGCUGGCUGGCCCGAUGCUGGCUGGCCCGAUGCUGGCUCGCCUCGCCAGAACAGAACAGGUCUGUCCGGCCGUCCGUGGGCUCUUCCGCGGGACCUUUUGAGUCGCGCCAUGCUGCGCUAA